AUGUUGAGCACCCCUGCAUCAGGCAUAUCCAUAAGUUUAGAGAGGAGAGCGACAGCUGACGAAGAAUCUGAAAAUCACUCGAGAUGCCCCCCGAACACGACUUGUGUCCCGAUAAGUGCUUGUCCAUUAUUAGAGGAUCUUUUGGACUAUUCAUGCUUCUCUUCGGACAGGUAUUUCUUUCGUCUUAACGAGUUGACCUGCGGAAGCUCGAAUGAAGAAGACUUCGUAUGCUGUCCAUCUUGCGACUGCGGUAGGGUUUACCAGCACGGAAACCCAGAGUGCGGGCAAAGUAUGGUCAGGGGGGUUGACUACGGUGGCCUGGGGGCUCAUCCUUGGGUUGCUAGAGUGGGAUUCGCGAACAAAGACACUGGGGGCGUAAAAUUUGCUUGCACUGGAUCCAUCAUAGGAAAGAGAAUAAUUCUGACUGCAGCGCACUGUGCAUUGGCGAAGCCUGAAGGAUACAAAUUGUCUACAGUAGUAGUUGGUGAGUGGGAUAUAAGCCGCAGUCCAGAUUGCAAUGACUUCUUCUGUGCACCUCCGACGCAAGCGAUCAAGGUGGAAAGCGUCUCCGUGCAUCCAGGAUACGAGCAGAAGAUAUUCAGGCACGACAUAGCGCUCAUUAUAUUGAAGGAAGAAAUAAAAUAUUCUGACCUCAUGUGUCACCGACCUAUAAUGAAAGAAUGCUUGCAGGCAAGCCGUCAGCAACAGCUAGAGGUCCCUCUACUAACACUGGAGACAUGUGAACGAAUAUUUGGUGAAUCAGUGCCGAUACACGAGGGGCAACUUUGCGCUGGUGGGGAGGAAGGGAAAGAUGCAUGCUCAGGAUUCGGUGGGGCUCCAUUGAUUUUGAGGAGAGACGGCAUGUUUGUACAAGUUGGCAUCGUAUCUUUUGGCUCCGAGAACUGUGGUAGCGAAGGAGUUCCGAGCGUUUAUACCAGCGUGGGACACUACCAAAAAUGGAUAGUUGAUAAUUCGCCAUCUUAA